AUGGGUGCCGCAACAAGUUCAAAUACAAAACGUUAUUCAGAUAAAUUUAAUUCAAAUAUUUAUAGUACACCACCAAAAUCAAAUAAUGGUGGAAAACUUAAUCGUGUUGUUCAACUUCAAUGUGAUCCGCGUUCGCCGACUGAUGGUAUAUCUCGAACACCAAUUCAAAUUGAUAGUCAAUUACCAAUUGCACCUUUAAAAUUAUAUAAUCAUGUUAUACCUCAUAUUGUAGGUCCUGAUUUAAUUCUACCCGAAGUAAUCGAUGAUAGUAAUCAAGAGAAUGAAAUACGUCAUCGUCAACAAAAACUUGAUAUUGUUGGACAUGACACAAAACGUUCAAGUGGUAUUGAACCAUCAUUAGAUCCAACUAAAGUAUUAACUACUUUGAUGGCUAAUCAUAAUGGACAAUUACCACCAUAUCAACUAUGA